AUGCCGGGCCCUUUAUAUCGCGAUCGUUGGGCGGCGAGAGAAGCUUGGAGGAAAUCUCCCAUCUUUUCCAACAAGGCCAUGUUCCGAAACAUGUUCCCUGGAUUAGGAACUGCUAUCGUCGCUUUCACCGCCUAUGUCAUUUAUGACGAUUACUUCGCUUCCAAACCACAAUCACAUACUUCACAUGGGGAGCAUCAUUAG